AUGUGUACUAACACAACAGUAUAUAAUAGACCGCUUCCUAGCCUGCGAAAUAUUGGGAGAGAACUGGAAUACACCACAUCCGCGGUGUCAGAGCGCAUCGCUGUAACUGGGGCAAGGGGACUGGUGGGCAAAGUACUGACCAAAUACUUGAAAGAGCAAGGUCAUUAUGUCAUUGAGAUCAAUAGGACACCAGAGAAGGACUCUGGGGAUGGCGUGUCCGAGCAGCGCACAGCUGAAGCGACCGACUACAACGCUGUCAAGGAGGCGUUCCGAGGCGCAGAUGCAGUGAUACACCUCGCAGCGGUGCCAGAUCCAAUAAAAAGAGGUGAUCAUGUCGUUCACAAUGUAAAUGCCCAGUCUGGAUAUAACGCUCUUCAUGCUGCAGGCGGACUGGGCAUCAAGCGCUUCGUCUUCGCCUCAUCCAUCAAUGCACACGGUCUGGCAUACUCCCAAGGCAAGAUCGAAUUCACCUCUUUCCCGCUGGACGAGACGAUACCUCCCUGCCCCUCCGAUCCGUACGCGUUGAGCAAAGCCCUGGUAGAAACGCAAUGCGCCUCCUUCGCACGCAUCUACCCGGACAUGCGAAUCGUCUCGCUGCGAUGCACCGAGUUAUCUCUCUUGAAGGAAUUGGAGCCGAGGGAAGAGGAAGAAGAUGCCAGGUGGUUGUGGAGCUGGGUCAAUCCAAGUGCAGCAGCCCGUGCGUUUUUGCUCGCUAUCACUGCGGGAGACUUUGUGGGGCACGAGAUCUUCUACAUCGUCGCUCCCGUCACGGAUCGCAAAGAGCCGACGAUGGAGCUGAUCCAAAAAUGGUGGCCCGGCGUCCCUAUCAAAGGUGAUAUGAGCGGUACGAAAGGAUUCUUCGACUGCAGCAAGGCGCACAAGAUGCUCGGCUGGGUUCACGUGGAGCAAGAAUAA